AGCGCUAAAAUGUUGCUGCUUUCCCAGGAUUUAGGAAUGGGGAAUCGGGAAAUGGUAAACUGGCAUUAGAGGGCCCUCUACAUGAGUUGGAAUCGAUGGAUUAAUACCACUAAACCACUGAUGCUUUUCAUUGUUGACCAAUCGCGUAUUGCCACAUAUGAUGGUUUUGGGCUCCCGGCUGCUCGGCCCGCUGCUGCUUUUGCGAUGCGCCACUUUCAAAAGCAGCUCCCCUUGAUGUUAGUCGAGCAUGCAUGAGGUUGGCAGUGCUAGGAGGGUUCUGCCCCUCCUCGAUAGCUGAGGGGCUGUUUGGGUCUUCCUUCGCUUAGCUCAGCUUGACAACUCCGGCAUAGCCGCUAAGCAGUGGCUGGAGUCGAGAAUGAAUAAAUCAAGCAAUCAAUCCUUUGGAUAGUUACAAAGGUUGUACAGUACAUAUCUCGGCCCGACGGUAAUCCCGCAACCCGCUUCAUCAAUAAAACGUAUGUCUGUUUGGUAAUCUACCUUGGUGAAGCGUGAGUCGAUAUGAACGCUCCUAACUCAGGCAAUGAGACCGUCGCGAUUGUCGGUUCGGGGUUGACCGGUCUGCUCGCCGCGCAGGGACUGAAGCUGAAUGGAAUUACUGCAGUCGUUUUCGAGCGAGAAGAGAGUCUCGAUGCACGAUCUCGUGAAUGGACGAUACUGGUUCACUGGGCGAUGCCCAUCUUUGCGAAGCUGGUCCCGAAACACAUUCUUGCGAAUCUGAGCGAGGCUCUCUGCAAUCCUCAUUUAGACUUUAACGAUGAAGUGGAGAGCUUGCCAUGCUACAAUGGCAUUACAGGUGAUCUACUCUUUAGUAGUUCUACACCAGGCGCCAGGCGGGUUAACCGGCGGCAGCUACGUAGGCUACUUGCACAGGGCAUCGAUAUCAGAUGGAAUAAGUCGGUGAGAGAGCUAUUGCAGACUGGUAGUGGCGUAAGACUUGAGUUUGAGGACGGAGGAACGUUUGAUGCUGACCAUAUUCUUGGAGCUGAUGGCUCCUCAUCCAAAGUACGCGAAAUGCUGUUAGGCGUCGAGCAAGCCCAGCCUCGUCAGUCUGGGUUUCUCUUUGCUACUGGAGUCACAAAGUUUGGUGACGCCGACAAGACUAAUGCAGUCGUACAAGCACAUCCUGUGGCAGCGCUCAUGAUGGGAGCAAGCACCGUUGGUGCUGUUGGCGUCAUGUCAGUCGACGACCCCAAUGACACAUCCACCUGGACUACCUUUUGGGUCAAGAUAUGGCAUGGAGAUCCCGUGGAUCUCAAGGGUCAAGAGGCUCUUAACUACAUCAAAGAGAAUACGGCUCCGUUGCGUGGGAUAUUCCAGUCCGCUAUCGAUUGGACGCCGGAUGGAAGCUAUGUUAGCAUAAACGAGAUGAAAUACUGGGUUCCGACGCCCUGGAACAACUACGGAGGACGGGUAACGCUUGCCGGAGACGCCGCUCAUCCCAUGCUGGUUUACAGGGGCCAAGGAUUUCAGCACUCCAUCACCGACGUUGACAACUACGUGAAUGCAUUAAUCCAGGUGCGCUCAUCUAGUAGCGAUGCUACAUCGAGGGAGAUGAUUAUCGGGGCGUACGAUAGCGAAAUGGUCGAGAGAGGCGCCACGGCGGUGCAGCAAUCCCUCAUCGAGGCGGAGAAUUCACUCGACUUGGAAAAGGUUAAGAAAAUGCUUAUGAUGAGGCAGGGACAUAGCAAGAGUGCAUGAGGGGGUAUCCUGUAGUUCGAAGUUUUAGAUCACGUGACUUUUAGAUUGGGUGUGUGUAAUUCCGGCCCUAGGAAUCAGGCCCUUAAGGCACCAACUUCGUGAAACCUUAUGCGUACGGGCAUGGUUUCGUACGG